AAACCUGCACGUCUGUGGAGCGAGUGGAUCAAAAACAAUCCGCUGAUAAAUGCUGAUGAAAAAUAUCAAAUGAAAUGAGAGUACUUUGGAAAGAUGAGCCACGUUUCCACAUUGAUUGUUAUUAUCAGUCUGCUGGCAGGAGCCUUAAUAAUUUUUUAUGUUCAUUCAGAGCGUUUUGAAGAAUCGCAACUCGGAGAAUAUCAGCAAGAUUUGAACAUUAUUAUAAAAUCUAACAGGUCUUCUAAUAGAAAAGCUCGAAUGAUUAUCGAGAGCAUUAGAUUUGAACGGCAGACCAUCCAAGAGUACAGCAGAGCAAUUAUUGUGCGAUGCUGCGGCUACGAUUCUUGCAUUGACAUGCCCGUGCGACACAAAAAAAUAAUCAUCAUCAAAAGGAAAAGAAAGCGGACUACUACGCAGACAGUAGAAGGCGGAGAGGGAGAAACAACAACGCCAGGGGAAGAAGAGUCCACCACUGAGGAAGAAACGACAGCGGAAAGCGAUACCACCCCUUCCGUAGAUUCAACAGUGUCGGAGGAGAGCACAACGCUCGACCCCAACAGUACCACUACAAUAGAUCCAAACUCCACGACCACUUUUAACCCAAACUCUACUAUACAACCCAACUCCACGCUUGCCCCUAACGCAACCACCAACAUGAUCAAUUUAACAAGCACCACUGUAAAUAAAAAUAUGACAACUGUGAGCACCACUGCAAAGCUGAAUGCGACAACUGUGAGCACCACUAUGACGACGCAGAAAUUAACCUCAACCACCACUAGUAAUGUGACAACCACCCAAACGGUAACCGCUACCAACAGUACAAACACCACAACUGUUUCUACUACACCGAUUCCGAACAAUUGUUCUUCGGAGACUUGUCCAGCAAUCAACUGUUCUGUCGCCAACCCUAACCCAAGCACCGGCGAAAAUUUGUUGAUUCAGGUUUUGAAAGGAAACGCUAUUCCAUCAAGAAUGAUAUUCAGUACGCAAGAAACGUGUAACAGGGUUUACAAAAUCGUUGGAGGGUCUGCUGAGGCCGAUUUUGAGUCUGCUAUAAGAAUAUGCUGUCUCUUGCAAAUGAAAGUGCUUUUUCUGGACAGUAGUGACAAAAUCAGCUGCAUUUCUAGCAUGCUCAAUAGCAUGCGUAGCACGUCGUGGUAUGUGUGGACAAGCGCGAGAAGAAGAAACUGCAACAGCACAUUUGCUUGGUGUCCGCAGGGAGCGUCAAAUCCAGUGAACAAUACUUUGUGGUCUCCUGGCUUUCCAGUCGCGUACAAUUAUACUGUUCAUGGAAGCCUAGCGCCUGAUUGCGCCAGCUUGAACAUAGAAUACGUCAACAACACGGGGGUCACAACUUUUGAAAACUCGGCCUGCGAUUUCAUGAACACAGUCGUGUGCGAGAACUAGAAGGAAUUCAAAUCGAUCUGACUCACAAUAAGUUAUUCUUAAGUAAAAACAUAUUUAUUCAUCACAUUUUUAAAUAUAUUCUCAAUUUUUUUAAGGAUGCACACACAUUUUUUUCUUUUACAUUAGAUUACUGUAUAUAUAAUGUAAAUAAAGAGUCUUAUGACAAGUCGUAAUUUUAGUC